AUGAAGCGUUCACGAUCCGCCAGUGGCAGCAGCAGCAGCAGCAGCAGCAAACGUGCUCAUGUGGAUGAAGUUCCAUUCCCUGGUAUAUCACACGGCGUAGGCCGUGUUCCUAGAGCGGUGGUUGCGGGGGCAGGACUCGGACGCACCGAACCGCUAAGACACGCAGCGCCUUGCGUAGCCCCUAUAAGGGCUUCGCGGGAGGCGGCUGCAGAAAACGCGCAGGCUCCUCCCCCAGCGCUGCCGCAACCGCUCUGGCGUCCUGGCGCAACUCAACCGCUUGGCCGCGAACAACAACAACACCGGGCUCCCGCGCCACCGGCAGAUAGAGGCAGCAGCAGCAGCAGCAUCAGCGCAGCCCGUCCGCCGUCGCCACAGCCUGGCCCUUCAAGCCGGCUGUCACCCCCUCCUCCUCCUCCUCCUCCUCCUCCGGAAGCAGCAGCUCACCGCCGCCGCCCACGCAAGUCUUUAAAACCUGCAUUAACUGCUGAAAUUCCGUCCCGUGACAGCGAGAUUCCCACAAAAAAGCGUCCUCUAGAGGACACUGAAAGAAAUGUUGAUGAGGACUCUUCCUGUGAAACACCCGUUGCCAGGAGGCCGAAGCCCAGUCCUGAAGAUCUGUUGGAAGUGGAAAAAGGAGAUGAAAUGAAGGUCGAUGUGGCUCCCACUUCCGCACAAGGACUUACACCGCCACGAACAGAUAGUGACGCAGCGGGUAGUGACUUUUCACGGAAAUGUGACCCUGAGCAUGAGGUCACGGCUGAAAUAACCGCAUCAAGUGCACAACCCAUACAGCGCGAACCGUACGAGGAAGUACCAAGUAAACAACCUGCUGACUCCGAAGCGCAACGCCGCGCCGAAGGAGGAAAUAAACAAGCAUCACCGCCUCGCCAGCAAAACAACACAACAGACACCACGCCGGAACCAAACAUUGACGACUCGCAAGCCACGGCCGUUGCCCCAUUCAGCCACCGCCGGCGGCUGCGACCGACACCGGGUCUUGCUGUCACGCGUCAUCAAGCGAAAGCCACACCAGAGAAGAAAGAAAUCAAGAAAAAGAAUAUUAAAUAUGAAGUCAUCAGGGCCAACAUUGACGAAGAGAAAGAGAAUGGCCACAGUGACUUAUAG